UUACUAUAUUACGUCUACCCCUGAGUCUAGGUUGGAGGGACGUAGACCCAUGGUAGUUAAAGGGGGGGAGAGAAAGAAAGAGAUUCAAUGGAUUUUGCCCAGUACACUUGCAAGGUUUCCAAGAAGAUCCAGCAGGACAAGUAGAGAGAGGAGAUGAGGAAGGGGUAGCAUGGUCCAUUCGGGUUGGAUGUACCAAAAUAAGUGACCACAAAGGGCGAUGUGGCUCUAGGGAACCGGGCAGGGAUUUCACACAAGACCGCUGUUGUAUAGGGAGAGAGCGGCGGACAUCUAGGUGAUGCAUGCGGGGUCAGUGAUGCACCAAGACGAGUGUGGUGGAUUCCAGCAACCCGCCGCUGCAGAGAGCGAAGCCCACUAGCUUACCGCCGGCCGAGAUGGCGCAUGGAUAGCGGAUCCCUUCAUGCUGCAAAACAUCACCAAGCAUUUAUAACAAAACCGGCAGUUUGGGAGCUAAACUAAGGAAUUCGAUGCUUGCACUAGCAGGAAGAAUAGCAACGCGCAUUUCCAUUGAGACUCCGAGCCUUCUGGAUGAGAAAGGAUGCCAUCUCCAUAAAACCUAUCAUACAUAGCUAACGGGGAGGGCCAGCUUGCCUUUUUCUCACCAUACUAGAUUUGUUUGAGUAGGCCGGUUGUGAUUCGUGAACCACAAGCUGUAACGAUGUUGGUGAGAUGCCACCGGAGCAAGCUGUCGGUGUGGGCCGUUCUGUGUGUGCUCGUGUUAUGCUGGCUCUACAUUUUCCCAGUGUACAGACUCCGGAGCGACAAGGAGAUAGUUGAUGAAGUGCUGCGGCAGGGACAAGUCUGGCAGAGGAACCAGACGGACAUGGAUCUGUUCAGGAAGCUGCUUUCAGAGUGCUGUGACCCAAGGAGAAUGUUUGCGGUGACCAAGCAGAAUUCACCUAUGGGGAAGGUCCUGUGGUACGACGGAGAGUUUUACCACUCACACACAGUCAACAAUGAGACCUACUCUCUCUUUGUGCAGGUAGGCCUCUACUCUGGUCCUGGAGGCCAGCAGUGAGCAGGCUUUUGUUCCAGCCCAACUCUAACACACCUAAAACCCAAUCAUAUAAUUCUGUGUGUUUGUAUGUGUUUGUGUCUGUGAUCACACUUGCAUGGUCAAUGAUGGUAGUGUAGAGAAUUUGGGGGUUGUCCAUGUGUGGAAUUGAACUCCAAACCCCUUGACCCCAAUGAAAACACACCAGCCAUAGUCUGUGUUAAUGGUUAACACUCUUUUAAGAUUUUUAACAAGGGCAGGUUCUCUACAGUAACUUGCUUCACAAUGAUGGCCAUAAAUAUAUGUAACAACUUAAUCAGUUUCUCACCACCUUCCCUUUCACCCAAGCUCAACUGUGAAAUCCCCACGCUAUCACCCCUUUCACAGGUCUCCAAGAUAAGAACAUCAUUACCAUCUCACUAAAACACAUAGUGAACGAUAGACACUUUAAACUGAGAAGUGAGUCUAACCUCUGCAACAUACACUGUAAAACCAUAAAACACAUGACACGUCGAUAACCUAACUGUCAGUGUUUAAAACCAAUAGGCAUUUAGAUUUGCCAAUAAAUGUUCUCAUCUUAAACACAGGGGUUUAGAAUGCAACGUUAAACAUGGCAGUCAGCUGUUUCCAGUUCGUGUCCAACCAGGAGAACACCUAUAUCUGCUACGUGUUCACAUUCGAACCACUAGCAUUUACUUUCCCAUCGUCCUGUUUGGAGUGCUUCUCGUCCUUAGAAAUUGAUGUGACUUUCAAUGCCUUUUAUUCAGAUCAGUGUUAGUAAUGUCUGUCACCUUACCUACAUUUCAGCACAACUGAAAAGGGCCCUGUUUCCCGAUAGUGAUGGCUUACGAGUGGUUUAACGAUGCAUCUUUCCUACAACGGCCGAAGAUGUAACAUGCGUUUCCUAAAACACCACUCAGAGAACGGUCGCUAAGUGCGUCGUUGGAGCAUGUGUCGAUCGAUACUGAUAAGAUAUAAAUAAAGGGAGCGCUGCUCUCGGAUCAGCUUU